AUGGAGAAGCUGAGGGCAAGGAAGGGAAUGACGUGGGACCCCACCCGUUGUCUGGGGCAGGCUCUGCUCUGCAGGAACAGGUAACACAGUCACUUAGAGAACAGUCACUACUUGCCCUGCCCUCCUGAGUCCCGGGAGGAAAGUGCUCGCCCGCUCCUGACCUGUGACACGCUCACUGUGAAGGCAGGUUAUUAGAAGAGUCCCAUGAAAGUAAACAGGGUAUUAAAACGGAUCCUUAAAAAUGAAAGUGCAGGCUGAAAGUUGGUAGUGUGGGAGGUAGAGGGUGUGUGUUCUUGUGCAGAGGAGCGUGGGGUUUGCAGAGGAGACAGGGGAGCUUUGUGUACCCGGAGCAAUGAACAAGCGGCGACUUCUCUACCCCUCAGGGUGGCUCCACGGUCCCAGCGACAUGCAGGGGCUCCUCUUCUCCACUCUUCUGCUUGCUGGCCUGGCACAGUUCUGCUGCAGGGUACAGGGCACUGGACCAUUAGAUACAACACCCGAAGGAAGGCCUGGAGAAGUGUCAGAUGCACCUCAGCGUAAACAGUUUUGUCACUGGCCCUGCAAAUGCCCUCAUCAGAAGCCCCGUUGCCCUCCUGGAGUGAGCCUGGUGAGAGAUGGCUGUGGAUGCUGUAAAAUCUGUGCCAAGCAACCAGGGGAAAUCUGCAAUGAAGCUGACCUCUGUGACCCACACAAAGGGCUGUAUUGUGACUACUCAGUAGACAGGCCUAGGUACGAGACCGGAGUGUGUGCAUACCUUGUAGCUGUUGGGUGCGAGUUCAACCAGGUACAUUAUCAUAAUGGCCAAGUGUUUCAGCCCAACCCCUUGUUUAGCUGCCUCUGUGUGAGUGGGGCCAUUGGAUGCACACCUCUGUUCAUACCAAAGCUGGCUGGCAGUCACUGCUCUGGAGCUAAAGGUGGAAAGAAGUCUGAUCAGUCAAACUGUAGCCUGGAACCAUUACUACAGCAGCUUUCAACAAGCUACAAAACAAUGCCAGAUGUGUGCCAAGCUUCUAAUCUGCUUCCUGCAUUGAGGUCUUUAAACUGUUGUCUACCUUCCAGAAAUCUCCCACUUAUUUGGAAAAAAAAAUGUCUUGUGCAAGCAACAAAAUGGACUCCCUGCUCCAGAACAUGUGGGAUGGGAAUAUCUAACAGGGUGACCAAUGAAAACAGCAACUGUGAAAUGAGAAAAGAGAAAAGACUGUGUUACAUUCAGCCUUGCGACAGCAAUAUAUUAAAGACAAUAAAGAUUCCCAAAGGAAAAACAUGCCAACCUACUUUCCAACUCUCCAAAGCUGAAAAAUUUGUCUUUUCUGGAUGCUCAAGUACUCAGAGUUACAAACCCACUUUUUGUGGAAUAUGCUUGGAUAAGAGAUGCUGUAUCCCUAAUAAGUCUAAAAUGAUUACUAUUCAAUUUGAUUGCCCAAAUGAUGGGUCAUUUAAAUGGAAGAUGCUGUGGAUUACAUCUUGUGUAUGUCAGAGAAACUGCAGAGAACCUGGAGAUAUAUUUUCUGAGCUCAAGAUUCUGUAAAACCAAGCAAAUGGGGGAAAAGUUAGUCAAUCCUGUCAUAUAAUAAAAAAAUUAGUGAGU